AUGCCUACACAACCCCCACUACCACCCCUCCUCACACCUUAUGUAUCAUCUCUCCCGCAAUCCUCCCUCACCCUCCUCUCCUCAGUCCUCGGCGCAACAGGGAAUUGGCUCGUCCUAAGGUACCUCUAUGCCGCGCUCAGCGUAUCCUCCACAAACACCAUAUUUGGCGCAGACGGAAUCGAUAAUGGGAAGAAGCGCAAGGUCGUGCUCGUGAGUUUCUUGCGGAGUUGGGAGUUCUGGAGGUCCGAAGCGAAGAGAUUGGGUCUGGAUUUUACGCGACUGACAGACAGAGGCCAAUUCGCGUUUGUGGAUGGAUUAUCGGAACUUUUUCACACCCCGCAGGCGCAAACCGCGACUCCGGUAGCGCCAUCAGCGCCAGCAAGCCGUUCUAUUCUUCCUCGGACGGCACUACCCGUUCGUGGACCGCCUGCACCUGCGCCUACUCCUGUAGCUUCGGGUGGUGGUCUGAAUAGAGCCACGACGGAAGCCGUACCUGGACCCGCGAAGCGACUGCACCUGACAGGCUACGGGACCGCAGCACUCGACGCAUUGGAGAAGGAUAUAUUGGAUGUGGUCAAUCAACUAAAGACUACGGCAGCAAGGGACGAUGGAGGGGAAGCAGAGGUAUUGCUGAUCGUCGACCAACCUGACUUGCUACUCGCUGCUACAGGCCCGAGCAAAGGGGUAGGAGCUACGGAAAUGGGCGAGUGGGUCAUGGGACUACAACAGCAUUCGCACGCGACGAUCGUGGCUGUUUCUGCCGAUUCGCCGCUGAUACAUAAUGCAUCCGAAUUCACCCAUCACCCAGCAACUCCGCUGGAGAAGGAGCAUGCUGCGUUCGCUGUAGGAUUGGCGCAUAGGGCUCAGAUGGUCGUGCAGCUUCGGAAUUUGGAAACGGGUGCCGCUCGGGAUGUCAGUGGUGUACUAAGGGCAAGCAAAGGUGGCGCCUGGAGUGACGACGGCAGCACCGACGCUGAGGCCAAGUGGGAGGAGAAGGAAGUGUUGUACUUUGUCCAGCGGGACGGGAGUGUAAAUGUCUUCGGAAGGGGUGAAUAG